UGUCUUUCUUCCACAUUACGAAUACAAAUUGUGGAAGAGGAGAUGCAUACUGCAGGAAAACGACCUUUUAAAUGAGAGGAAUAGACAACGAUGACCAGCAAUAGCGAUCCAUUUGAUUGUGCAUUUAACAGCGAUCUUUCCGAUGUGCAAAGCACCUUUGAUGAAGUAGUAUUGGGAGGGGAAGUCUCGGCCAUCGAAGAAGGCCGGGUCCUAGGAAAGGAAGAAGGAUUAUUGACCGGAUUCCGAGAGGGCGGUGUUCUCGGUCACAAGACUGGGAUCGACUACGGAAUGGAGAUCGGUUUUGCGUUGGGGCUUUUGCAGGCCGUCCGAGAAUCGGUGUUGUUGGAGGGCAGCGAUUUGACGUCUUCGUCGUCGUCUCUCGAUCGGAUACGGAAGAGCGUCGACGAACUCGAAAAGGCCAUUAACGAUUUCCCUUCCAGCGAGGAGGAUAUUCGAAGACGUCUAUUUCAAUCGUCAGACAAAGAAAAAAACGUCCAUUUCAGAGAUAGAGAUUGCGACGAAGAAGAUGGGAAAAACCACAACCAGCAAACACAAGCAGAAGAAGAUGUUCGAGCACAAUUACAACGAAUCCGGGCUCGGAGUAAGGUAUUGACCGCAAGACUAGGAAUUCCCCGUCACUCUCUGAAAAAUUCGAUGUCAGAAGCCGCGAAGAAGAUGGCACUAUCGACACGGCAGGAAGAAACCGGACAUGCUUUUGACGGUAGCGGAGAAAAUACCCAGGAGUGGUAAAAAAGACGACAAUGAUGGCAUACUAAACACAAGCACACACA